UGUGAGAUAGGAUGAAUAUGGAUUAUAAAUAGUGGGCGGCCAUUGGAAGCUUCGCAUCAGAAUCGAAUGAAAGAUGGGCUCAUCAAAUGCCUUUGGCUGGGCUGCAACAGAUACCUCUGGUCAUCUCUCUCCCUUCCAUUUCUCAAGAAGGGAAAACGAAGCUGAUGACGUCACUCUCAAAAUCCUCUUCUGCGGGGUUUGCCAUUCCGAUCUGCACACAAUCAAGAAUGACUGGGGUUUCACUACUUACCCCGUUGUCCCUGGGCAUGAAAUUGUUGGUAUUGUGACAAAAGUUGGAAGUAAUGUGACAAAAUUUAAGGAGGGGGAUAGAGUUGGAGUUGGUGUAAUAGUGGACUCAUGUAAGGAAUGUGAGUGUUGCCAGCAGGAUCUGGAGAAUUACUGUCCUAGAACUGUGUAUACCUAUAACUCUCCUUAUAAAGGGACACGAACGCAGGGUGGCUACUCCGAUUUCGUGGUUGUUCACCAGCGCUUUGUGCUUCGAUUUCCCGACAACUUACCCCUUGAUGCCGGUGCCCCUCUUCUGUGUGCUGGGAUUACUGUGUAUAGCCCCAUGAAGUAUUAUGGGAUGACAGAGCCCGGCAAGCAUUUGGGAGUGGCCGGCCUCGGCGGCUUAGGCCACGUUGCCAUCAAAUUUGGCAAAGCAUUUGGUCUCAAAGUUACUGUCAUUAGUGGCUCUCCCAACAAGGAAGCUGAGGCCAUUCACACUCUAGGGGCUGAUUCUUUCCUUCUUUCCUCUGAUCCUGAAAAAAUGAAGGCUGCCAUGGGAACAAUGGAUUAUAUCAUCAGCACGAUUUCGGCCGUCCAUCCGCUGGCUCCCCUGCUUGGUCUGCUGAAGCUGAACGGAAAGCUGGUCAAUGUAGGGCUGCCUAGCAAGCCUCUUCAGCUGCCUAUCUUCCCCUUGGUUGGAGGAAGGAAGCUUAUAGGGGGAAGCAACUUUGGAGGGCUGAAGGAGACUCAGGAGAUGCUUGAUUUCUGUGCAAAGCAUAACAUAACUGCAAAUAUUGAGCUGAUUAAGAUGGAUGAGAUCAACACUGCUAUCGAAAGGCUCAGCAAAUCCGAUGUUAAAUAUCGCUUUGUUAUUGAUGUUGCAAACUCCUUCUCUUCCAGUAACAUGUAGAACAACCUUCUUUCAACUCUUUCAUGUCUCAACUUUAAGCGUCUCAGUAUUUUGUGGUCAUAGAAUAAACCUUAAGUGUGCUGUUUUGUUGACUGUUUCUUAUUUAGUUGUAUCAUGCUAUUGUUUCUUUAGUUGUUUGGACUAUGGAAAAAUAAACCACAAUCUACUUUUGUUGACCACCGGAACCCGACUAGCUUCAUGAAAAGUAUAUACAAUGCCAUUGUUGAGUUA